AACUGCACUUCCGGUGAUCUCAGCGCUAGAAUGGCUGCGGUUUUUACGUGUUGUUUGGGCUGCUGCGGGGAUGGCGGACCGGGUCAUGCUCCCCUCAAAGAAAUGCCAACCGUACAUUUAGACACGCAUCAUAUGGGGACGGAUGUGGUCAUAGUGAAAAGCGGGAGGCGGAUCUGUGGAACUGGAGCCUGUCUCGCCAACGCCCCUUUACACCAGAACAAGAGCUAUUUUGAGUUCAAGAUCCAGUCCACGGGUGUAUGGGGGAUCGGUGUGGCGACACAGAAAGUAAAUUUGAACCAGGUGCCGCUGGGUCGAGACAGUCACAGUUUGGUGCUAAGACAUGAUGGCUCCAUAUACCACAACAAUGAGGAGAAAAAUCGACUGCCUGCCAACAGUCUGCCACAGGAGGGAGAUGUAGUGGGACUGACCUAUGACCAUGUGGAACUGAACUUGUAUUUGAAUGGAAAAAACAUGCAUUGUCCAGCCUCAGGAAUUCGAGGGACAGUAUUCCCUGUAGUUUAUGUGGAUGACAGUGCCAUCAUAGACUGCCAGUUCAGUGAUUUCUACCAUACUCCACCUGAAGGCUUUGAAAAGAUUCUGUUCGAACAGCAGAUCUUUUGAAUCUGAAGCUGUGUGUGCAUACACAGCGUAAAGUGGAUCUGUGUGCCUGGCAGCACAUAGUUGUGUCCUCUUUCAAUGUUGCUUCUGCCUUUGCUGUUACUACUGCUGCUCUUGUCCGUCUGGAAGAUGAACCGGGUGUGUGUACACACAAGGCAGAGAGAAUCUCUAAUCUAGAUCAAUGGCACCUAACCCUGUUCCUGGAGGAUCCCUGCGGUACACAUUUUGAAUGUCUUGAAUCAACUCCUCAGCUCUUUAAGGAAGACAUCCAAAAUGUGUAAGGUUGAGGAUCCCUGAGGAACAGGGUUGGGAAACACUUCACUUAAGCACUGAAGACACUUACUGAUGUCAACUUUCUGGAUUGGGUGAGAGAGGUGUGUAUCUUUUUAUUUAAUGUUAGUGUACAGUGAUCAGGUUUGUGCUGUCUUUAUUUGAUUUGAAUUACAUUAGAUUUUCCUCUUAUAUGUACACAAAUAUCAACUCUCUUGAACGAAAGGCUUGUAUUUGCACUAGUUAUUGGUCUUUGAGAAUCAAACCAAAACUCUGUGUUAAAAUAAGUUUUGAUGUGUGAUGAUUUUUGACGAAUCUGUUACUGUCAUUGCCUUUCCUCUGAACUAGGCAAGUGUAUCUUUGUCCUGUUGAUAAAGUGCUAACUACAAUAGCAGUUAUUCACAUUAUUUUCCAGUGUAUUUUAUCGCUUUACCUCUGUGAUCUGUGAUCUUCUCUUUUUGCACAUAUUGAAGUGACUUAAGCUGGACAGGCUACAGUUUAAAAUACCCACCAACACUAUGAAGGGUUUGUUGUUGUCACCAGACCACACAUUGGUUAGAAUUUUUUCUUUUAAAUUUCCUAUAAAGUUUGUUUUUUAUUUUGUUAACAAUUAAUGUAUUAACUAUUAGCUAACAAAAACUGACCACUUGGCCUCAUAUCUUACCAGAACCCUUAAGCCAGGUUUAAGGCGUCUGGUUCCGGUAACUUUUUACUCGAAUAUACUAUUUAUCUUUACAGUAACUGACAACUCUUAACCAAAUUUAUCGGGCUAAUGCAGAGAUGUUGUUCUAUCAGUGCAAGUCAUCCAACUACAAACAGCAUGUAUCAUUUUUAUUCUAUACAAUUCAAUGCAAAUCUUACAUGCAGUAACUGAAAGGUAAUGUGUUUUCAGAAAAGGGUUACUAAAAUAUAUACACAGAAUUUUUGCCCACAGUAAGGAUUAAAAUGUUUCUUACUUUCCAGAAGUGCUCUAUUUACCCGAGGUAUUCUGUUCUUUUCAAACCUGUGUUAUAUGUUGACAUCAAUGGCCUAUCAACAAAUAAAGUAUUUUAAAAAAGUG